CCAAAUGUCAAAGUGUCUUAACUUUUCACAAUCAUUUAAAAAUAAUAAUAAAUAGGUGUAUCUAAUCAUAAUAAUACGUUUUGUAGAUACAUCAUACUAUAUCAUUCGUACAUGGUGUAUUCACAUAGAUUGUUCGCCCACGAGUUAUUAAUAUACGACUAUUGAAUUGAUUAAACAUACAAAUAAUGUAAAAUAAUUAAAAUAUUUCUACUAAUAGUGAUAUUGUUACGUGAAUCUUAUACUUUUUUAAUGUUGUGCAUUUAUUGUUUAAUAUAUUGUCGGCUUUCUUGAGCCAGAAAUAUUAAAUUUAAAAUAAAAUGAAUUGGCGUAAAUUAUUUCCUAAUAAAGAAGCUUUUAUAGUUUUUGUUUUAUACAUUGUUUUAUUUGUAUUUCAAGGUGUUUUUAUUACUGCCUCAAAAACGGAAAAUGGAAUCUAUGAUUAUAAUACUACCCUUGUUGUAUUUCUAUCAGAAUUAUUAAAACUCCUAAUUUCGGGUGUUUUAUAUACAUACAAAAAAGAGAAUGAGCCAAAUAUUUUUAGAGCUGUAAUUAAUAAAUAUAGUCUCCUAUUGUACUACUUUAUACCUUCCCUUCUGUACUGUUUCUACAAUAACUUGGCAUUCAUAAAUUUAUCUCAUUAUGACCCAACAUCAUAUUAUAUUCUUUUGCAAUUCAGAGUGGUAAUAACAGCACUGAUUUUCCAGUUUUUAUUUCAAAAGAACCUUACUUGCAUACAGUGGAUUUCCUUGGGUAUUCUCACUUUUGGAUGUAUGAUAAAGAAUUUUGAUGCAACAGCAAUACAGUCUUCAGGCGAAUCUGAUAUUUGGUCUCAGAUAUUUAACAUAUAUUUUUUGUCAAUUAAUUUCCAAAACUUUUGUUCUUGUUUAGCAGGUACGUACAAUGAGUAUUUGCUUAAAACUAAAGGUGCCAAUGUAAACAUUUUUUUGCAAAAUGUCUUUAUGUACCUGGACUCUGUUAUAUGUAAUUUCUUUGUACUAAUGUUUAAAGGUGAAUUGGGUACAAUCUUUAAUGACUUUGAGUCUUUAAAAGAUACAUUUGUAAUACUAAUUACAGUAAACAGUGCAAUAGUAGGUAUAGUGACUAGCUUCUUUUUAAAAAAUUUAAAUUCAAUUUUGAAAACCUAUGCCAGUGCAUUAGAACUUAUAAUUACGGCUGUAGUUUGUUAUAUUCUCUUUAACAUACUCAUAACAUGGUAUACAGUGGUCUCAAUAUGUUUAGUCAGUGUUGCUGUGGCCAUGUACUUAAGAAAUCCUGUUAAUAAUGUUAGUUCAAAACAGGAAGGGAAAAAAAAGCAAGAUAGUAAACCUCUUCUGGAAGUAGUGACUGAUUAAGUUUAGUACAAUGUAAAAAAGUAAUGUAGGUCAACAUUACACCAUAAGUAUUAGAAGAUUUGCAGUGUAUGAAAAAUGAUUUUAAUAAAGUAAACAUAGAAACAUGAUUUUAAUAUAGCAAA